GGCGGCAAGCGGCGUUCACACGUUUCCCGUCAUCCACUUCGGUACCCGGCUCGCAGUCGAGCGUCGUUCGUUGUACGGUGCGGUUGUGACGUUCGUGUUUCGUCUCGACGCUUUAUACGUUCGAUAUACGUAUAUAUGUGUGACACUGUGCACGCGUUUUCUUUUUUUCUUUAGACUAACAUAUAUAUAUAUAUAUAUACAUAUAUAUAUAUAUAUACAUGAAGUGUUUGUGAUAGUGCGAGAAAGAAUCGGUGUGUGUCGGUUAUAUUUUUCGCAUAGUGCCAAGGUGGAUUAAAGACGUAUCUCCUGAGGAAACAAAACGCGAAGAAAACGAACCACAGACCAAAGCCUGCGAAGAUCUAGAUGCUGAACACCAAGGGAACACCGUUGGCGCUCCUCCAAGAUCCUGAGAAUGUCGCCGCAAAGAUCGAGCCGGGGAAUGGAUCAUGAAGUGGCCGCGUACAAAGGACAUUGCGGACGCGUGUGAUUCUUGCGAAGUAUUUAGCCACAAUUAAGAUGUAUCCCGCGCCGGCGAGACACCCAGCCGCUCCCGGUGGCGGAGGAAGCGGCGGGGCUGCGGGAGGGCUGAAAUUCACGGUGGCUGACACUUGCGAGAGGAUCAAAGAGGAAUUCAAUUUCAUCCAGCAACAGAACCACUCACUGAAGAUCGAAUGCGAGAAGUUGGCCAGCGAGAAGACCGAGAUGCAGAGGCAUUACGUUAUGGUAAGGCACUUUUACUACGAAAUGUCUUACGGCCUAAACGUGGAGAUGCACAAGCAGACGGAGAUUGCUAAAAGGUUGAACGCGAUAAUCGUCCAGCUACUUCCGUUCCUGGCACAAGAGCAUGGCUUGCAGCAUCAGCAGCAGGUGGCCAAUGCCGUAGAGAGGGCGAAGCAAGUCACGAUGUCCGAGCUGAACGCUAUUAUUGGGCAACAACAGCAACAGGGUCUGCAACAACUAUUGCAACAGAUUCACGCGCAGCAGCUACCACACGGUGCGGUCGUUGGCGGUCUUCCGCCGGCGGGGCUGUUGGGGUUCGCAGGUGCGGCCGCUGCGGCCGCAGCCGCGGGGGUGCCGCCCCAUCUGGCGCCCCCCCCGCAUCCGGCGGCCGCGGCCGCGGUCCAGGCACAGGCGCAGGCGCUUCUGAAACCGUCCGACCUGCAGCAACACAGGGCGGCGGCAGAAACGCCGGAGGAUCGUAAACCGAUCGCCCUUACCGACGAGAGGCUGAGAAGAUCCGUGUCGCCGUCGGAGAAAUUCCGUAGCCGUACCCCCGACCUCGAGAGCGAUCCCAAGAGGCGGAAGGAGGAGAAGCUCGGACACGACAGCGAUGGAGAGAAAAGCGAUCAAGACUUGGUGGUGGAUGUUGCGAACGAGGAGGCAUCGUCGCCGCACGCGAAUGGCGAGCACUCGGAUCCACGUGAGAACGGCACUCUAGAGAAGCUGGGCGCUCCAGGACACGUGGGGCCUAUUUCCGGUGCUGGUUCGACAUCCGUGAAAGACAGGCCACCCUCGCGGAGCGGAAGUUCCUCCGCUCGUAGCACACCGUCUCUGAAAAGUAAAGAUAUCGACAAGCCGGGUACACCUGUGGCGGCGGCGAGGGGGUCGCGCAGCUGUACGCCAACUAUGGGCGGAAUCCCUGGUCCCUUGGCAUCGCGGGUCUAUCAUCCGCCAUCGUCGCAGCAAACGCCACCGCAGGGCUAUCAGGGUUUGCCGUCCCGCGGCAAUGAGCCGCCACAAUCGCCUUCACCGUACAGCAACUUACCAUACGCCAGGACUUCGAUGCUCGGCUUCGACGGUCAUGUGAGGACCAUCCUACCAUCAGCUAAUGGAAUAAGCAAUAUUCCGGGUGGUAAACCAGCGUACUCGUUCCAUAUGAACGGCGAGGGUCAGCUGCAGCCAGUGCCAUUCCCCACGGACGCUCUGAUAGGACCGGGAAUUCCACGUCACGCGCGUCAGAUUAAUUCCUUGACUCACGGUGAAGUUGUGUGUGCUGUUACGAUUUCGAAUCCGACCAAAUACGUCUAUACGGGUGGCAAAGGGUGCGUUAAAGUCUGGGACAUCGGACACGGAGGUGGUGGCAGUAUCAAGCACGUAUCGCAACUGGACUGCCUGCAACGCGACAAUUAUAUUAGGUCAGUAAAGUUGCUGCCAGAUUGCAGAACUUUAAUAGUUGGAGGGGAGGCUAGUCAGCUGAUCAUCUGGGACUUGGCUAGUCCUACGCCGCGAAUCAAAACGGAACUGACGUCCGCGGCACCAGCCUGUUACGCAUUGGCGAUCUCGCCGGACUCGAAGGUCUGCUUUAGUUGCUGUAGCGAUGGUAAUAUCGCUGUGUGGGAUCUCCAGAAUGAGACGUUGAUUAGACAAUUCCAAGGUCACACGGACGGUGCCUCCUGCAUCGAUAUUUCAGCAGAUGGUUCAAAACUGUGGACAGGAGGAUUGGAUAACACAGUGCGUUCGUGGGAUUUAAGGGAGGGUAGACAAUUGAAGCAACACGACUUUACCUCGCAAAUAUUCUCACUGGGCUAUUGCCCAACCGGAGAGUGGCUUGCAGUUGGUAUGGAAAACUCAAACGUCGAGGUCCUUCAUGCUACAAAAUCCGAUAAGUAUCAACUGCAUCUACACGAGUCGUGCGUGUUGUCAUUGCGUUUCGCAUCUUGCGGCAAAUGGUUCGUCUCUACGGGCAAGGAUAAUCUGUUAAAUGCAUGGCGCACGCCGUAUGGCGCUUCGAUAUUUCAGUCGAAGGAAUCCUCGUCGGUGUUGAGCUGCGAUAUUUCUGCUGACGACAAGUACAUUGUGACCGGAUCUGGUGACAAAAAGGCCACUGUAUACGAAGUGAUUUAUUAGAUGCGUACGGUAAAGACGUUUUACGUUUCCCUCCCUUGGUCGAAACCUGAACUCUUUUAACACGCUCUCCUUUCUCGUGGGAGAUCUUACAAGUGAGACUUUUUAGCAGCCUUAGGAACUUAGACUGUUACUAUAUUGUGUAUAUAUACAUAACAAGUAUAUUAACGGUAGAAAUUGCGUUCGAAAGAAAUAAAGCACAGACAAAAGGACAAACGAAGAAAAAAAAAAAAAAAAGAACUGAUGCUAAUUAUGAUGAUGAUGGUCGAAAAACCAAUGUGUGUGCCAGAGAAAAAAAUCUGUAUAUGUAUAUUUAGAAGUUGCGUGUGCGUGGCCCAAUUGUACCUACGACCAUGUGAUUUAACGUAGAAGAAACUUUCUUUGUCGCGUGUAUACAACGAGAAUGUGUUAAUGGUACGUUACCAAACAAUUUUGCAUGCGCGUUAAGUGAUCAGAGCCUUGCAAAUGGUGAUGCUAGAUACGAUUUCGUAUAUGUAAGUACCUAAUUAUAAAAUCAACACGCCCAAAACAUUAUACGACAGAUAGCAUGAAAACAAACAUUGGAAAUCUGUCUAACGAAAAAAUUACACUUGCUCUCACUUAUGGUAAUUUUCUUCGAAACUUUUACAAUUUUUGCAAAAUUGUCCCUUAGUAUAACUACAACCACGAAUAUCGAAGCAUAUUAUUGCUCUAUAUUUGGAAAUGUUUCGAGAAAAUCGUUGGCUGUAGCUAUCUUUAAUAAUGCGUUUCACUAUAGAUCAGAAGCAACUAUAGUCUUCUGUCGAUUAAUGUUGUCGAUAUAAUAUUUUAUGCUGCUGAUAGCUGAUAUGUUGACAUCAAUAACAACAAAUGCAAUGAAAGAUGAAUGCACAUCGAAUUAUUUAUUUCGUAUAAAUUGUUCAUUUCGUUCAUUUAGAAUUAGUUGCGAAAAAAAAUUCGAGAUGUUAUUGAAAUAAUGUGCAAAAAAUUCACGGCAAGAAGUUUAUUUAAAAAUAAGUAUGACGAGGGAAUCAUUUCUACUUGAAGACAGAAAAAAAAAAAACGUGAUCUGUAUCAUGAGA